AUGGAAGAAGACGCUUCGAAAGCGAGAGCGGCGCCACCUCCGCUGCACAUUUACCGCCCCAUCCCGCGUCGCAACUUCGAAUCCCAUAACGACACGGCCGAUUCGCCCACGCACGCCUUUUCACAAGCCACGCCUCCGAGCGCGACCGAGAACCGGAGAUCGUCUGACUUCCUCGCGCAGCUCAAUGCGCGCUUACUCAGGACCUUCAACUCGCGCGACGAUGACUCGGAAGACCAGGAGAGGGAGAGGGGGCCGCCGCCGCGGAACAAGAGCUACUUGAACAUGACGAGCAGCACGCUAUCCGGCAUUUACGACGAGACGGGCGCGAACACGGCGGGUGAACUCAGCACGGCGGAAACGCCCUGGGGCACUGGCUCCGAGACCCCCGCACACACUGCCAUGGGCUUCCAGCCCUGGGAAACGGGCAUGGGAAGUCCUGAUGGCGGACUGAGCUUGAAGACACAGGCCAGGAAAGGGUCCGCCAUGGGCAAAGUCGAAGGAAGGCGGAGGAGUCACUCGGUCAAGCAACCGCGCCACGGCGUUUGGAGAUACGUCGUGAUUCUGGGCAAGCUCGUAGCAUUAUACGUCUUUGGCGUCAUCUACGGAGUCAUUGUCUCGCAUCUGCACGAGACAAGGCAGUUGGCAGCUGUCCAUGUUGAAGGUGUUGAUCAAAAGAGCCAGACCUACCUUGCCACCUGGGGGUUGUUCGGGGUUGCCCUGGGAAGUCUGCUACCAUACGUUGAUCUCGUGUGGGAUGCGCAGCGGAGAGAGGACGAGAAUGGAGACAAGGAGACUGAGACGCACGAUUCACCCAUCAGCGAGCAGAUCAACGAUGUGGUAAGGAGCGUAGCAGCCUUUGUAGGAAUCGCGUUCGCUAUCCGCCGUCUCCCUUGGCAAUCAACCCUCCAACUCACCCUAACACUCGCCCUCGUCAAUCCCGCUCUCUGGUACAUACUUGAUCGCUCGAAACCCGGUCUCUCCGUCUCACUCACCGUCACGUCCAUCCUCACAUCCUUCAUCUUCCUCUCGAACCCCGACGUCCUUCCCUCGCCGUCUCUACCAGCCACAACAAACGCUACACAAAUUCCUUCCAUGGGCAGUCAUACACAUGCAAAAGGCAGGCCAGCACCAGUCGUUACACCAGAGCUCUUCGCUGGCAUGAUCAGCUACGAGAACCUGGCUGUGGUGACGUGGGUGGGCAGUGUUCUCUUUUGCAGUUGUGUGUGCUUUGGCAGUAUAGGGAGGAGGUUGGCUGUGCUGGAAGAAAGUGGGUGGAAGAGGUGA